AUGAAGGCUUUUCUUCUUGCUGUAGUCUUAACGGCUUUGUUUCUGACACAAUCAUAUGCUGCCCCUUCGGAACCAAUAGGUGAGAUUAAAGUAGUUUUGGAAGAUAUUAAAAAUGAAGCUGAAGGCAACAAGACUAUUGAAGACUCCACUCGGUCAAAAAAAAGUCCAGCACCUAAAACUGUGUGCCAGCAAAUGAAAGAUUCACAAGGUAUCUCAUAUUUACAAUGUUCAGAUGACUUGGUUUCUCAAUCUGCAGAUUCUGAGUCAGCUGGUUCAAGCUCAUAUUCAUCCUACUCGUCCGCUCCCUCUUCUUAUGGUUCAUCCUCAGGUUACAAUGCACCGCAGCAGUCAUACAAGCCCGAAAGCUAUGGUUCAGGAGGUUCAAGCUAUUCAGGAUCUUCUAACAAACCUUCAAGCUAUGGCGGUUCAGCUCCAGCGUACGCAAUGCAAUCCUAUAAGCCAAGUUAUGGGCAAUCAGCACAAUCGUAUUCAGCUCCAGCUCAUGCUGCCUAUUCAGCACCAGCUCAAUCUUCCUAUUCAGCUCCAGCUCAUGCAUCUUACUCAGCUCCAACCCAAUCAUACUCAGCUCCAGCUCAUGCGUCCUAUUCAGCCCCUGCUCAAGCUUCCUACUCAGCUCCAGCUCAUUCUUCAUAUUCUGCACCAGCACAAUCCUACUCAGCUCCAGCUCAUGCGUCCUAUUCAGCCCCAGCUCAAGCUUCCUACUCAGCUCCAGCACAUUCUUCAUAUUCUGCACCAGCACAAUCCUACUCAGCCCCAGCUCAUGCGUCUUAUUCAGCCCCAGCUCAAGCCUCAUACUCAGCUCCAGCACACGCUUCCUAUUCAGCUCCAGCUCAAUCCCAUUCAACAUAUUCUGCAGCUGCUUCUUACAAACCAAGCUACAGUGCGUCAUCAUCAUCAUCGUCAUAUGGAGGUUCCUCGUACUCUGUCCCUUCACACUCUUCAUACUCCGCUCCUUCUUCUCACAAGGCUACAAGUUACGGUGGCUCAGCAUCAUCUUAUGGUGGCUCAUCAUCUUCUUAUGGUGGCUCAUCAUAUAAACCUGCUCAAUCUUAUGGCGGUGGUUCUUAUGGUGGUGGUUCUUAUGGUGGCUAUCGGGAAAAUCAAAUGGGAAUGAGAUCUGCUUAUGGUUCAUCAUCUGCCUCAUCGUACUCUCAAAAACCUUCAUAUGGAUCUGCUAACAUGGCACCUGCUCAAUCCUACUCAUAUUCCUCGCCAGCUCCAACAAUGCCAUGCUCGAGUAAUUUGAUGUUCAGCUGUGACCCCCAAGUAGCACCAGUUCCUUGUGGUGCCGUUUCAUAUGCUCCAUCAAAGCCAAGCUAUUCAUCCCCAGCAGCAUCAUAUCAUGCCCCAGCAGCCUCUCAUAGCUACUCAGCACCAGCAGCCUCUCAUAGCUACUCGGCACCAGCAGCACAAUCUUAUUCAGCCCCAGCAGCCCCAAGCUACUCAGCACCAGCUGCCUCUCAUAGUUACUCGGCACCAGCAGCCUCUCAUAGCUAUUCAGCACCAGCAGCCCCAAGCUACUCAGGACCAGCAGCACAAUCUUACUCAGCCCCUGCAGCCCAAAGCUAUUCAGCCCCAGCAGCCCCAAGCUAUUCAGCCCCAGCAGCACAAUCUUAUUCAGCCCCUGCAGCCCAAAGCUAUUCAGUCCCAGCAGCCCCAAGCUAUUCAGCCCCAGCAGCACAAUCUUACUCAGCCCCUGCAGCCCAAAGCUAUUCAGCCCCAGUAGCCCCAAGCUAUUCAGCCCCAGCAGCACAAUCUUACUCAGCCCCUGCUGCCCCAAGUUAUUCAUCUUCAAACCCUGCUGCUUCCAGCUACAGACAAACCGAAGCGGAAAAUGAUUCUCCAAACACCAAUUUACCAACACAACCAAGCUCAACAUUGGAGGAUGAUGUAAAAAAAGAUUGGUAG